UUCUAUUAAUACGGUCAUCUUGUUGAAGUUGUUGUUCACAAUGGCGGCCACCGGAGCUGAAACUUGCGAAGGCGGAUACAUGCAGAUUAUAGCUCGGAAAGUUGGGACUGACGAGGCUGCUCUGCGUUUUCUCAUUUCAAUGUUUGCAGGAUAUCCCCUUGCAAUCUUCUUGAGAGAUAAUCUCCAUGACACUUCAGCUACCACAAAGCAUCUCUUCAUCUCUGCUGUAGGACUUGCAAUCAGCUACUUCAAUUAUGGAAUGGAUACAAAGUAUCUCCUGUUCUGCUCUCUAGUCAACUACAUCGUUCUCACCCUGGCCGGUGGUACUGGGGCAUCAGUUAUCUUUUCCUUUGUUUUUAAUGUGGGCUAUCUGUUGGUGUCCUAUGCUAUCUAUGCAUCUAAUGACUAUGAUAUGAACUGGACUACACCCCAAUGUAUCCUAACUCUACGUAUGAUAUCAGUGGCUUAUGAUCUCUAUGAUGGCCAUACACCUGUGGAGAAGUUAAGUCCAGAGCAGAAGUCACUGUGCUUCAAGGAACCACCAGGUCCAUUAGAGAUGGUCAGCUAUUCUUUCUUUUUUGGCUACCUGUUAACUGGACCACAGUGUCCUUUACGUCAGUACCGUGACUACAUGGAUGGCAACCUGCUCGAUAAUGAAUCUGGCAAGCCAUCGGACACUCUCCAGCCUGCUAUGAAGAUCCUAGGAAUAGGCAUGAUCUACUUCCUCGUAGAAAUCCUCAUUGUACCAUCAUUCACUGCCAGCUAUCUACUCACCGAAGAAUUUGCUCAAUCUUCAUUCCUCUACAAGCUCUUCUACAUUAGUCUUUUUGGAAGAUUCACCAUCAACAAAUAUGUCACAUUCUGGUUGAUUUCGGAAGGAGUAUGUAUCCUGAGUGGCAUUGCGUAUACAGGCAAGGACAAGGCAGGAAAGGCUAAGUUCACAUCAUGCUCUGGGAUUAAACCUCUAGCCUUUGAGACGGCUCUCAGUGUGAGGGACAUGGUAGCUACAUUCAACAUCUCCACAAAUACAUGGCUGGCAAGAUAUGUCUACAAGAGGUUAAAGUUCCUAGGAAAUCGAUACGUCUCCCAGAUAGUGUCACUCAUGUUUCUAGCUGCAUGGCAUGGUCUGCACAUUGGUUACUACAAUAACUUCAUUCUGGAGUUUUUCAUUGUCAUGUUUGAUGUCCAGGCUACAGAGCUUUUCACCAAGGUGCCCGUCCUCAACAAGCUUUCUCAGCAUCGUCUUCUUGCUCUGGUCAAACUGCUGGUAUUGAAAUUCUUGAUGCUUCUCUUCAUGGGAUAUCCACUGGUCAGCUUUGUCCUACUCAGAUGGUCCAAAAUCCAUGCGGUGUACAAGGAAGUUUACUACAUUGGGCAUAUCUUCUUUCUCCUGCUAUGGCCUAUUCUAUCGUUUGGUGUCAUCAUGCCUAGGUUCAAAGCACAUAGGAGGAAAUCAAAGGAGAAUGCAAGGGGAAAGUCAGGCUUUGUGAUACCGUGCACGUGCAGAAACCCAAGUCAAGUCAACACAAUGCGAGGGCAAGAAGACGCAAAAACAAAAUGAUGAUUGAUCCCCAGGGAUCCUCAAGAUGUACUUCCAACUUCCAUUUUGAUCCUUUUCAGCCAAGGCCAGAAUAAUUAUAAACUUCAAGAAUUACAACAAGGGAGCUCAUUUUAUGUUUUAUGAUUUGCAACAUAUCAAGUUGUGAUAUACAUGUAUAUAUAGGUCUUUGAAGGAUAAUAGAAUAGACCAAGAUUAUUCAUUAUGAUAUAUAUAUAUAGCAACAACAGUAUUCUAAAAGACACUGCGUAGUUCAAAACUCUGUUUUACUUUCAUGUUGAAGCUUUUAUUUCCAGAACUUGGCAGUCUUUGAUUAAAUACAGGCCUUUUGUUGGAACACCUUCAAAUGAUUACGAAAAAGUGUUGAUACUCCAGAAAAUGUGAGUAAUUUAGCAUUGGUGUAGUUGUACACUUGUCAUAUGUUUAGGUGUCCCAAUAGUGAAAAUACUUCCUUUACCCCUACACAUAGAUAACAGUCAUUGUCAAUGUAGCUGAGUACAUAUUGAUCUUGCUGUGGGAAUGCCAUGAUUAUUCAUGAUGCAAAUUUUCAGAAUAUGGUGGUAAUAUCUUCCCUCCAAAAUGUGGUUAAUUAUAUGCAUCUUUUUCUUACAUGUAUAUAUUUCAUAUGCUCUUGAAAUGGAUAUAGAAACUUGGCAUGAAGUGAUCUAUUAUCAUAAAAUGGUUUCAAAAAUGAAUGUAGACAAUUUAAAAGAUAUUAUAAUAUGGGUUCUGGAAUGUACGCAAUGCAUUUGCUCAAAUGACAACACAUGACCAUGCAUCAGUCUUUCCUAGGACGCCUACCAUGUAAAGAAGAGUUCACAUUCAAAAGUGAUAACUCACGGCUAGAAGUGAUAAUGCAUGGUUAAGAUGCUGUAUGCGUAUAUUUUGUGCAUUCAAAGUAGAAUGCAUGCAGUUUCAAAUGCUCAUUAAGAGAAUGCUCAUUGGUUACAUUAUAGCAAAGACAUUGAAUGAGUUCAUGUUCGUAUGUUGUGACCCAAUUUACAAAACGUGUUUUGUAGCUAGUGCAUUAGUGAAAUGCACUUAGUUGAAUCACUUAAGACAGAAAAUGAACUCCGCAAUCCUUGUAAAUUUUUCCUAUUGUGACCAUGUGUGUUGAGUACAAUUUGUACGCUCUUAAGAAUCAAUUAUUUGGUUUGUUUAUAUUGUCGUUAAAAAAAGAAACAUGCAGUAUGUCUUUGUUUUGUUUUCCUUUCUUCCCAUAAUUGUUUUUUUUUAAAUAUUUUUAUUUCAUGGCAUUACAAUUGUUAAGAGUAGCUUUAAGACAUUGUUAAUGGUCUGUGUUGACUGGUUUAUUCUUAAAACUGUUACAGAAAUGCCAUUUUAUGGAUAUGCAUUCAUAUGUGUACAUUUAUAUGAUAUGACGAUUGCCUCACAGUAUACUGAUGUUCAAUGGACUGUUUUGAAAAUGCAAUAUGAAGUAAUGUGUGUGUUAUAUGUUGUAUUUUAAAUAGGUUAUGAAAGGUGUAAAAAUAUUUCUCUAAGUUCAUGUUGCCUUUACUUUAUCUGUUGUUCUGAAGCGUGUUGACAACUUGAUCUCAUGUCACUUCUAGAUACAUGUAUAGAGUGGUGAAGUGUGACGUCAUUGGCUGAGAUAUGACCAUCUGAAUAAAUAGUUAUUUUGCUCUGGUUCAUAACAUUAGGAUGAUGUCACAGCUUCGGUACUCUAUUACUCUGAAAGAUGUCAGCAUGUUAUACUCAACGUAUCUCUUCUCUCAUAUCUUGGUCAUGGAAUGAUGUAAGAUUUGGCAUAAAAGUACAAAUAUAGGUACACCAAGAAUUAUCAUUUCAGCAUCCUGCUUAAAUAAGGAGAAUAUAGCUUAUUUCAUCUCAUGUCCGAUUCAUUUUAGAAAAAUGUGAAACCCAUGUUUCAAACUUUAUGAAUAGGCUAUCAAGGAAAGGCAUGAAUGAAGCUAAAGAUGGACACAACAUUUUCUGUUAAAUGAUGGGGUUCAGGAGGUUGAGAUUCCCCCAAAAUGUUGAUUUUCAUUGACCAUUUUCUCCCUAUUCUCUAUGUAAGUUUGCUAGCAAAAAUGAAAACAAAUAUAUGAAUACAUACAGUA